AUGUGGCCAAUCUCAGAGACAUGUUGGGGUCUGAGAAUACGAAAGGCCAGGUCCAAGACUGAGACGAAUGGAUUCCCGAUGAGGGCCUGCAAAAGAAAACCUGGCAGCCAGCUACUGACUUGCGGCAAUGCAGCAUCCGGGUUCCAGGUAUGGCCUCCACAAGUGCUUUCCAAGCCGAAUGUUCGACAUUUGGUUGGCAAGGCUGCUUGCUGUGAUGUGAAGCCGACCUUACCGAAAGAAAUGAAAAUACUGGGCAAGCGGAGAGCUGCCCGGAAGGUUAAGACGGGUUCCGUUGGCAGGAAUCUUUUCUUUUGGCGUUGUCACAUUGCAUGUCGCUCGUCUUUGGAUCUAGCCCAGGAUCUUUGCUACCAUCUGGCGUGUGGCAGCAAGCCUCAACCAAUUCUGGAGACGGGGGCGUCGUCUCGCCGUCGCCUUGGCUAG